CCUACGCCGACCUUGACCAUCUUCAUCGUUGCGGUAAUUUACGUAUAAUGUUCAACUUCAAAAUCACCUCCACUCUAGCCGCCCUGGCCGCCCUUACCGGCACCCUAGCGCAGAACCCAACCUGGACCAACUCUUUGCACGGUCCCUUCACCCCGAUCUCCCUGAACGCUACCGACGGCUCCAUCUCCGCCGCCUUCGUCCCCCACGGAGCUGCCAUCACCGAGCUCUGGGUGAAAGAUCGGAACGGGACCAAGAGGGAUAUCACGCUGGGGUACGAUAAUAGGACUUUGUACGCUGAUGAUCCUAGUCAUCCGAAUUUCGGACCUAUCGUCGGAAGAUAUGCCAACAGGAUUAAGAAUAACACCUAUACCGACCCGGAGACGAACACGACCUACUACAGCGAGGCCAACGAGAACAAUGGGUUGGAUACCUUGCACGGGGGACCUUACGGCUGGAGCUGGCGCGUAUGGACCGUAUCGAACGUGACCAACUCGUCCGUCUCGUUCACCUUCUACGACCCUGAACUGGUCGGCGGGUUCCCCGGUAGCGUCCUCGCCGAGCUGACCUACUCGCUCUUACCCGGUGGAGUAUGGGAUAUCGUCCUCAACGCCAAUGCCUCAUCUAGGACCCCGCUCUUGUUGAGUUCGCACGUCUACUGGAACCUAGACGGCUACGCCGGAGGGAACGCUACGGACGCGGUCAAGGAGUGGGAGCUGGUCAUGCCUUAUGCCGAUCAGGUCGUUGCGACCGAUACCAUCCUGAUCCCGACUGGCGAGUUUAUCAACGUUACCGAUACUGCAUACAACUUUUUGGAGAGGCGACCGAUCGGUUCGAUGUGGAAUGAGACGUUAGGAUACCCUGGACUCGGAGGCUACGGCUACGAUACUUGCUGGAGGAACAACGCUUCCAUUUCCGAUAAUACAACUGUCCUCGAGGCUUCCUCUCCGAACUCUGGAAUCAAAAUGUCGGUAGCGACAAAUCAAGAAGCUAUCCAAGUCUACACCUGCGGUGGCCAGAACGGUACCAUCCCCGUCAAGAAGUCCCAAGGAAGCGGCUUCUACGAGAAAAACAGCUGUAUGGUCGUCGAGAUGGAAGGCGUCAUCGAUGCCAUCAACAACCCGGAAUGGGACAUUGACCAGUGGUACUCCCCCGAGAGGCCUUACGAAUGGCGGGCCACUUACACUUUCUCUAGCGAGUGACCGGCAUCCCCUGGUAAAAAGCCCCCAAGCUAGCAGUGAGAUCGCAAAGAGAAAGCGUCCCGAAACUUGUAUGACAAUACACCUAACCGAAUUGCACCAUGAUACUGUGAGGUAUAGUAUCACGCUCAGCAAAGAGCCCUCCUUGUGUAAGAGCAAAUAGGGCAUCCUGACUAUACUGCCC